AUGUCUCUCCAACUGCAGAAGCGCCUGGCGGCGUCCAUCCUCAAAUGCGGUCGCCGCCGCAUUUGGAUGGACCCGAACGAAGCGAGCGACAUCUCCAUGGCCAACUCUCGCUUCAGCAUCCGCAAGCUGGUGAAGGACAACCUGAUUAUCCGCAAGGCUGUCGCCGUCCACUCGCGCUACCGCGUGCGCCUGUACCACGAGGCCAAGAGAGCUGGGAGGCACAUGGGCAAGGGAAAGAGAAAGGGAACUCGGGAGGCGAGACUUCCCGCCAAGGUUCUCUGGAUGAGACGCCAGCGUGUCCUCAGAAGACUCCUCAAGAAGUACAGGGACAACAAAAAGAUCGACAAGCACAUGUACCACAGCAUGUACAUGCGUUGCAAGGGUAACCAGUUCAAGAACAAGCGUGUCCUCAUCGAGGCCAUCCACAACGAGAAGAACCUGAAACUCAAGGAGAAGGCGCUCCAGGAGCAGCUGGAGGCCCGCAAGUCGAAGGCUGCGGCGCAGAAGGAGAAGAGAAGGCUGAAGGAGUUGAAGAAGGAUGCCGAAGCUAUGUCUGCGUAA